UACUGUGUGAGCUGUGAAUGGUCACAGCUUGACACAUGGUACAAGGCUGUUGUGAAUGGCCUUGUACCAUAUUUCACUAGUAGUAAGCAAUGAUGUCAGAAGUGACAUCUUGCUUACUACUAUUCAUGUGAUCACUGAUUGGCCAAUCAGUGAUCACAUGAUUGGGACCUCACACAGAGGUCCCGUACAGAGAUCAAUGCCGCGCGCUCCCAGGGAGCGCACACAGGCAGGGAAGCGGGAAGGACGUUUAUAAACGGCCACCCACUCCUGCAAUGCUCCCAUCCGGCCGUUUAUUAACAUGGGCCGGAUGGGAAGUGGUUAA